GUUAGAGACAGAUACGAGAAAGCCCAAAUCGAACUCAGAAGACUACAAGGCGAACGCGAAAAGCUCUUCGCCGACAACGAACGAAUGCAGUACGAAAUCGAACGAGCCCAGACCCAAUGCACCAAAACCCAGGCAGCCUACGACAAGGCUCAGGAGGAGAUAUCUAGGCUGUCCAUCGAAGUGGAAAAACACCGGGACAAACACGAAAAACUGCAGAACGAGUUCAGGAAGGUGGUGGCCGAGUACGACCAUUUGAGAGAAACAGCGGGUGGUCCGGGCAGAGAUAGAUAUUCUAGAUAUGAACGAGAUGAAGUGCGAACGAAAGAAGAAAACGACAGACUUCGAGCUGAAGUCGAUCGCCUUCGAGAAAGAACUGGCCCUGGUCGAGAGCACUGCAGCAAGUACGGCUUCGAGCAAGAAAAGGAACGCACAGCCGAGAUGGAACGACUCAAAGACGAGCUGCAAAGAAAUCUAUCCACCAAUCAGCAAUUGGAAACGAAGCUUCACGAAACAGCCAUGCAGCUGGAUUUGGCCAGGCAAGAUUUGGGUAAGGCUCAGGCAACGCAAGAGAAGCAGAGGAUGGAAUUGGAGAGGGCUAUAAUCGAAUUAGAGAAGUACAGAGAUAGGUAUGAGAAGUUGAAGGCACAGGCGGAGAAGUUGGAGAAAGAUAAUGAGAAGCUGAGAAUGGAGGUUGCUCAAACUGAACGAAGGCAAACGCUUGCUGCUGACAAGGUCCGCAACGAUGAACGCCUAGAAAUCGAAAGACUGAAAGAGAAACUAGAAAAAGCUCUCCAGGCCAGGAACGCUACCGAAUUAGAAGCAGGUCGCCUCGCUCAGGAACUUGAAAAAUCGCAGCUCCACCUUACCAAAGCCCUCGAGACCAACGAGGCUACCAAGAUAGAGUUUGAAAGAAUGGCAACGGAACUUGCAAGGAUGCAUGAGCGUUUGGAGAGAGACAAAUUGGACUGGAAGACGCUGGAGCAGGAGAGAGACGUUCUCAGGGCUGAGGUGCAACAAGUUAGGAGUGGUAUGGACACGCAGAGGAGGACCCUAGAUCACCGGACGCAGGAGACGCUGAUUAAGUUGCAACAGGAGUUGGCACAGUCGAAUAGAGAAAGAGAUAAAAUGGCGUCGAUGUUGGAGAAACAAGGAAGGCAAGGUGAAUCUAUAGAAAAACAAAUUAUCAAAUACGAUGCAGACAUCAAACAGCUAACCAUGGAACGAGACCAACUCGUAAUCCAAUUAGAAAAAUCCCAGGACAUGCUGAUGAACUUCCAGCAAGAACUGAACCACAGCGAGGCAGAGUUGGAGAAGCACAAACAAGAAGUGGCCAGAUUGAAAAACGAACAGAAAAAGAUGUCGCAAGAUGUGGAGAAAGGAGCGAAGGAAGUUUUGGAGAACAGGGAUAGGGAAAUUGCCAAGUUACAACAGCAGCUACAACAAGCUCAGAAAGAGAGGGAUACUCACAAGCAAAGAGCUGAGAAGGCUGAGAAGUUAUUGCAUGAGUCUGGAGCUAGAGGUGAUUCCGAAUUGGAGCAAUGGAGAAACGUUAUCGAGCAGGAAACGAAAAGAGCAGACCAGGCUGAGAAGACAGCUCAGGAUCUGCAGAAAAGGAUUCAGGUUAUGGAAAAGCAGCUUCAACAGCAACUUAACCAGAUGGCUCAGUACCAAAGAGAAAGGGGUAUACAACCACCUGCAGCAGACGAGAAAGAGCUGCAAAGGUUAAGAAAAGAGUUGGAGAAGUCUCAAGGAGAUGUUAAGAACUGUAACACGGAAAAAGAGCGGUUACAAUCUCAGUUGGAGAUGUUGGUACAAGAGUUGGAGAAAAAUCAG